CUCAAGUUGGCAGUUCUGCUCAUCUGACCUGGACCUGCCCCUGACCCUCUGUGCGUUGUCAAAGGUGCUCAAAGAAAUGGUCCCCACACACCUCGGCAUGGGCUAACGCCCUCAAUAAUGCCCACGGCACUGAUGUGCGGCCUCCGAUGCUGACCUUUCUGCGAAAGCACGCCUCCAGCGCAGGCCCUCAGCAGGCGGCCAAGCUGUCGGUGGAGGACUUGCUGAAGCAGGAGCCACCCCCAGAGAGCUUUGCAGGCCGCUCCCGGGUAUGCCGCACCCUGGCCGAAGUGCUUGUCGACGGAGGGGCGGUCAGUUUGUUGCUGCAGUUCCUUCGUCCCCGCGGAGCCGCCCCCCUGUUGCUGUUCUGGCUGGAGGCUGCUCGUCUUGAGGGCAGACCGCCUCCGUGGCCUUCCCCGGCGAUAAGCGACGACCGGUCAGAGGCGGCUGUCGCCAUCUUCGAGAGGUUCUUCGCUCAAGGCGCGUCUGAGCGGGUCUCAGCCUCACGGGGCCUUGUCGACGCAGUCGAAGUUGUGAUAAGGAGGAAGGAAGCGCCUCCCAAGGAUAUUUUCCAUCCUCUCCAAGAACACGUCUCACAAGUCUUGCUCAAAGAGCAUUUUGAUGAGUUUCUCCAGUCAGAGUUUUACCGGCAGCACCAGGUGGAGGUGCUUACCAGCGGCCAAGUGCACCUGGCCGAUUUGCUACUCAAUGAAUCAGCUCUCUUUUACUUUACAGAGUUUAUGGAACAAGAUAAUCAUCGAACUCUUCUGGAGUUUUGGCUGGCGGCCACCAACUUUCAAAAACACCCUUCGAGUGAACCCUCUGAGGCGCAGGCGGACGCUGUCGUGCUUUAUGACAAAUACUUUUCACUCCAGGCAACGUCGCCCUUGGGUUUUGGAGACCCCAUAAGACUUGAGGUUGAGGAAAAGAUAUGUGGGGAAUUUGGACCAUCGGCAGAUUGUUUUGAGAAAGCUGCGAAGAUCGCGCUAUCUGCCAUGGAGCGACUGUUUCUGCCCGAUUUCCUGCAAUCCCAGUUGUACCUGAGGUACUUGGCCGACUUGCUGCAGGCCAGCAAUGGUCUCAUAAAUUCUACAAGCAAUUCCAAUGAUUCGUCACAGACUAGCACUUGCAGCUGGGACGAUUCUGAUCCUGACAGCAUUUGGAAGAGAGGCAGACAUAACAGCAGCGGCCUGUCUCUGGGUCGGAUCGACGAGUUGGGCCGAUUCGAAGCUGACUUUGAGCCGGAGCCCGAGGCGCGCCGCGAGUCGCGCCUCAGCAGGGUGAUGCGACGGCUGGUGCGGCCACACGACCAGGAGGAAGUGGCCUGGCGCGUGGCCGAGAUGAUCGUACGCGACGUGACCAGCGUCACCCUAGGCGACGCUCCCAGCAGGCCGUCACCGCCGCGCCGCCCUAGCACAGCAGACUCAUGAUCGAGCUGGCAUAUGCCAUUGGCUUCACAUUCGGGUGUGGCUAAGGAAAUAAUAUAUAUCAUUUAGACCUGAUUUAGACCAACUGGUAGAUGUGUAAGGACCUAAAAGUGAGUUACCAAAGUGAUGCUAUAAAAAGCGAGCUGUUCUUUACGGUCACAGUAUAAUUAUCAAUAGUGUAGGUGGCCAGUUAAUAAAUUUAUAUUUUAUCUCUUAAGUACAAAAUAAAGAACAAAAUCUUUUUUAAAAA